AUGGCCAAGCCAUUCUUCUCUCUAGCUGCCCUCCUCUUGCUCCUCAACUUGGAAGCCUUGCUUCUUCUCCCUACCUCCCUCGCUUGCCCCUCCUGCUCUCACCCUCCUCCGCCUUGCCCUCCGCUGCCACCUCACCACCCUCCUAAGCCGCCGGCCGUCAAGCCACCGCACGUGCCCAAGCCUCCUCAUGCAAAGCCACCGCCGAAGCCACCGGUCGUCAAGCCGCCUCAUGUUCCCAAGCCACCUCACGUACCCAAGCCGCCCUACGUGCCCAAGCCGCCGGUCGUCAAGCCACCACCCAAGCCGCCGGUGGUAAAGCCGCCCCAUGUGCCCAAGCCGCCGGUCGUGAAGCCACCCCAUGUGCCCAAGCCACCGGUGGUGAAGCCGCCCCAUGUGCCCAAGCCGCCGGUCGUGAAGCCACCCCAUGUCCCCAAGCCGCCCAUUGUGCCUAUGCCGCCGGUGGUGCACCCGCCGCCGAUUCCCAAGCCGCCGGUCGUGCCCAAGCCACCAAUAGUCUACCCACCACCGAUCCCCAAACCACCGGUUGAACCCACGCCACCCAUUGUCCAUCCACCAAUCCCCAUGCCGCCCGUGGUUCCCAACCCACCACCAAUUGUGUACCCUCCCCCGGUCACGCCGAAGCCGCCACCGGUCGAGCCGCCCAAGCCACCGGUCAAGCCACCAACGCCACCCAAGGAGCCGCCUUGCCCUCCGCCGCCGCCGCCAGUGCCAUCCUACCCGCCGCCGAAGCCGGAGACUUGCCCCAUCGACACUCUCAAGCUGGGGGCGUGCGUGGACUUGCUGGGCGGGCUGAUCCACGUGGGGAUCGGGGAGAGUGCCAAGUCGACCUGCUGCCCGGUUCUCGAAGGGCUCGUGGACCUCGACGCUGCGUUGUGCCUCUGCACCACCAUCAAGUUGAAGCUGCUCAACUUGAACAUCGUCCUCCCCAUUGCUCUCGAGGUCCUCGUUGACUGUGGCAAGACUCCUCCCCCUGGGUUCAAGUGUCCCUCCUAA